CGAUUUUCAUGUGUUUAUUAUAUUCUCUUCUUCAUCAUCAGAUUCCCAUAUCAUUUUUUCUGCCUUUAAUGGUGUUUUCAAUCCCUCUUGAAAGAAAAAGUCGGCUCAUUUGUCAGUCAAAGCUUCAGCCUUUGUUCGUUUGCUUUCGUUUUCCAGAAUCUUGUUUCUUUGUAAAUCACGAGACUUUCUUUGAUUUUAAGAAUAGUUCAUUCGUGCUGUAAGAAAAAUCAUGAAGAUUUCUGGAGUGCCCCUCUGAAUACGUUAUUGUUUGACUCUCUGUACAAUCCGGAUUCCACCCCUUCAAUAAUUUUUUUCCCUUUUGCUUCAUUUUCCUAAGAAAAUGUUGAACCUGGAGGAAAAUCCAAAGCUGGAUUUAACAUCUUCCAACGACAUACCCACACAAAAGAUAUCAGUUUCGCAUCAUAUCAACGGGUUCCAACACACAGCCGAUAAUAAAUCCGAUGGCUUUGUCAUCGACAUGGAAGGUUUCUCUCAUGGAGGAUCCAAUAAAGAAAUCAAUCAAAAUUCAAGACUUACGAAAAGUCUAUCUCGGAAAGGGUCUCAGAGAGGAGGGGACAAGAAGAUUAUUAUAACUUCAAAUUGUAACUCCUCAGUGAUAAAGAUGCUUUUGUCGCCACCUCCCCAAGAGCACGGCCGAAAAGCCUGUGACGGGCGCUGUAGCAUCAACCAAUCAGACCAGCAAAGUGCAAGUUCAUCAUCAGAUCACAAUUUCAACAGGCAAUAUCGCCACUGCAACCGAUAGCAGAUUCAGUCUACAGAGGAACAAUUCCCGAAGGUGUUCAUCCCAGUGGCUACUCUAUCCCAAGAGGAUUCUCUUUCUCUUUGCCACUUUAUCCAGCAUAGGAACGAUUUUGCUAAUAUAUUUCACAUUGUCGAUCAACAAGACGAACGGAAAUGAGAAUGCUUUCGAUUAGUACGCAGCCCGGGACUAUACACCAACUUACUGCUAAUUAGAAACACAUUGCAAACAUAAACAUACACAUGGGAGCUCAUGCAGGGGGAAACGGGAAACAGAAGAGGAGGUUCAAGAAAGAAGAGGGGAGAAUGUAGAAAGCUUUAUAUGAGCCUUCCAUUGAAGAUAGCUUCAUGUGUAACAAUUAUCAAAGCCUUUUGAGGCUGCAAAUCAAAGUUUGGAGAUGAAGAUGAUGACAAGUGCAUAACCCUGCUGUGACAAAGAUACAGAAUCUUUCCCCUUUUAGUAGAUGUGUAUUUAUGUAGCGUAUAUACCUAGUACUCAUGUUCAAGAACUACAUACCCUUCAAGUUGAUCAGUGUAAAUUUCAACUAACUUACCAUAUAAGAAAGUGAUCUCCUCUUAUGUACCCCAGUAUUGUAAACAAAUGCUAUAGAAAACAUAAUUCUAAUAAAAAAUGAAUCUGAUUACAGUGA